AUGCCAGUCGGCGCCCGUCGGAUUGAAAUUAGGGACCUUCUGAAUCCAAUUUCAUACUAUCCAGACUCUGAUAGUACUACGCGUCCCUCUUCAAACCUCAGCAACCUCAACCUAAAAGCAUCAAAUGGAGCAGUACAGGACCAACCACAGGUUUCUCCUGAUAAUAUCAGGUACAUUCCUCAUGAGAGUUCAACAGGGAAUGACCUUUUCCCUACGCCCAUCAAUCGUGACGUUUCCGACGAACCCGAGUGCACUAAGCCGCAAUCAUUGCCCAUAAGCCGAUCCAACCUUGUGUCCUCGAAUCUCACAUGGAUAAAAAGCGACGAGGGGUGUCGUGCGGAUUUGGAAGCGGGUACAUAUAAACAGUCAUCACUCAACGAUGCGCGAGUCUUGAGGAUUAUGGAACUAAUCAAUGACUAUCGAUCUCUACUCAUUCACAUCAUGGAACAAAUCAGGGGUAUAUCACUGGAUAAUGCAAGGGAGUAUGGCCAUAGGGUGCUUCGUCAGAAUCAUGCAGCCGCUCAGCAUUUGAUUGCCAGCAGCUACAAGCCAGCCGCGGUAUUUGGGUAUAAGGACGACGAUCAGGCGAUCCAGCUUAGACGGGUAAUUCUCGAUGCAAGUGCUCGUCGGCACAAAGCAUACAAAAUCUAUCUCGGAGUAGCAGCUGCCAAACGCUGGGUGCUUAGCUGUGACUAUGCCACAUCAACUUCUGAAAGCAAUGAACUUGUUCAGCAAUUAAGAAAUAUCGACGCGAUACUUCACCGUGAACUUACAGACAUUUCGGAUGUGUCUGUUGCUUGUAAACUUCAUGAAACUGAUACAAAAGCGGGGUACUGGGUGGAUGAAGAUCCCCCUCUCUCCUCAAUUCUGCUCUGCGUUCAGUCGAUAUUGUAUGAAUAG